GGCGAGCCUGCGGCUCCGCCUCCCUCCCAGCACCACCAGCACUCCCGAGCCUGCGUGUCCGCCGCCCCGGACUCCCCCCUCAGCCUCGGCUUGUGUGCCAUCCCCGCUCCCCAAAGUGGACUUGGGACUGCUGGCCCGACCCGAGGCCAUUUGUCCCAGCCGAAAACGCGAACCUGCUUCAAACAGGACGUAACUCGGUCAGACGUGAAAGGUGCAGGAGAAGUUUCUUCUUCUUCUUUUUUUCUUCUCUUUUUUUGCCCCCAGUUUUGUGCCCCGCGGUGGGGCAGGAACGCUGAGGUAGGCCGUGCAGGAGGAAAAGAGAGCGUAUGAUGUGGAUCUGGUACCUUCUGCUUGGUUCGGGGUCAGGCUCAAGAACUGUUGAGAGCCAGCUGCUUCCUGGGAAUAAUUUCACCACCGAGUGCAACAUUCCUGGAAACUUCAUGUGUGGGGAUGGGAAGUGUGUUCCGGGCGGCUGGCAGUGUGACGGAUUACCCGACUGCUCUGACAAGAGCGACGAAAAAGGCUGUCCUAAGGGGAAGUCAAAGUGUGCUCCUACGUUCUUCGCCUGUGCAAGUGGCGUUCACUGCAUCAUCGGAAGGUUUCGCUGCAACGGUUUUCGCGACUGUCCUGACGGCAGCGACGAGGACAACUGCAGUAACCCCCUGGUGUGCUCGGAAACUCGGUUCAAAUGUCGAAACGGCCGCUGCGUGGACCGAAGCUUCUUGUGCAACGGACAGGACAACUGUCAGGACAACAGCGAUGAAGAGCUCUGCCUGACAACAGCAGAAGCUCCUGGUCAGGACUUUGUGACGCUGGACUAUCGACUGCGCUACUACCCCAACAUCACCUACGCUGUCAUCGGCAGUGCAGUCAUCUUCGUCCUGGUGGUGGCCUUGCUGGCUCUGGUGCUCCAUCACCAGAGAAAGCGGAGUGUCCUGUUGCCCAGAGGUGUAAGGGGGAGCUCGCAUCAUCACCACCACCACCAACCACUUCUUCUGUCCCGUCUGGUCAUACUUGACCGAGGCCACAUGCAGUCUAGAAGUUCAGAUCCCCCUCCUACCUCUCCCACCUUAGCGGGGCAAUACAGCUCAUCUCCUCAAGCCAUGCAGCUGCUUUCUGGGGCCUUGUACACCUCCACACCCUCCAUGGACUCACCUCCAUCUUACUCUGAAGCUGUUAUGGAUGUCAGUCGACCUCCUUGGUUUGAUCUCCCUCCACCCCCUUACCUGCCAGACGGGGAUCCUCCUUCCGAGGGUGAGCUUCCUCAAUAUGAUGGUCUACAGGGCUGUCCGAGCCCCCAGGCAGCUCAUCUGUCUGCACCCUCCACACCCAGAACUGUGGCUUCAGGGACACGGCCAGAUCUUAGCCCCAAAGACGAAUCAGAGCUGUAGCCCUCAGACUAAAACACAGAGAAUGCAGGCCUCGAGGAGCCGCCUGAAGGGCAGUCUAAAGAUCAGGUGGGGCAAGCGAAGAAGAAGAAAGGGGCAAAAGACUCACUCUCAUUGACGAGCUACUGCCUGCUAAGUCAGGCACCAGCGCUUUCUUUGCAGUGGCCUCGCUUGUGUGCUGGCGCUCCCUGGUGGUGUAAUGGAUGCACUACUUUCAAGUCAACUGCACCUUUCUUUGCAAAGUUAGAAUGAGUUUGGUUUACUUUAAAUGCACUCCCCAAUCUGCCAGUGACAACAGCCUUUAGCUCCAAAGGAGGACUCGGUAGUCUACCUGUAACUGUGGAUAUUCUUGUAGUGUGUCACAGGUUUUUGUGAAACGCGGCAUUGAAACAUUCCCCUCUGUUCCCUUUUUUUUUUUGUCAUGUCAGCAUUAUUUUCCAUUUUACAUUUUUUUUUGUUCAAAUCGUAAAACAAAAACUGAAAAAAAUCAGAUGCAAUGGAUGGAACACUGAUUUUCAAUUAAAUUUGUCAUUUAAAAAAUGCACCAAUUUUGAUAAUUAACAAUACUGAAAGUUCAUCCAAAUAACCAAUAUUUCUCAAUUAUUUAGAGAAAUGUGUAUUAUACAAGUAUUUCUUUCUGAAUACAAAAUACGACAACGUUUUAUUCUAAACUUACACGUAAUCAUUCCUCUGAAGCAGCUGGCAAAGAUCCCUUUAAAUCAGAUCCGGCUGAAGACGAAUGCUUCCCAAAGGACAAAGAGAGCAACAGCAGAAGAUCCAGUAGAAACCUUCUCAAGGACCUUUGAAGGCGUCUGUGACUGGGAAAAAAAACACUCGAAACAAGCAGCCUGAUGUAAGAUUCAAUGCAACAUUCUUAUUUUACACUUUAUGCUAAUAUGUAAAGCUGCAGCUGUUUAGUAUUCAGAAAAAACAUCCUUAAUAGUAUUUGACUGAAUCCAUAUCUGAAGAAUCCUGUAUUUGUCUUCCUCACUUUGCUUUGUUUGACAUUUGUACAUAGAUGAUAGAAAACCAGAAGUAUAUAUUUAAAGUAGAAUCCCGGAAGUUUUGGUGAAGGAAUCAUUGUGUAAGAACAAACAUUGGGUAUUGUUUCCAGCUUUUCUGUAAAAAUUCAAGUAGAUUAAAACAAUCAAAACAGA